UUCAUACUUUGGACAGUAAGGGACGCUAUUGGUCAGUGAAACAAGUGUUCAGAGUUGAUUCAGUUUAGGCAGAUCCCUCAUUUUACCGUAUAGCCGGGAUGGAGAAGACAAACUGGGCCGUAUAAGCAGGACUACGGCCACAAUUUCAUCCGGAGCAAGGACUUUAAAAUCAAAGGAUUACUUUCUGCAACUGGCUUUGUUCUCGGUGGAUUGUAUACCGCAGGCUGUUGUUAUCACCUUGUCUUAUUUGUACAAUGGCGUUUGAAAAAUCUCCUCCUUUUUGCUUAAAAUGGCGUUUGUAUAGCAAGUCAUUAUGGCAGUUUCUGCUGUUCCUUUGGUGUCUCACUCACAUCGUGUCUGCCCAAAUCAGGUAUACAAUUCCAGAGGAGCUGAAAAAGGGGUCUUUUAUUGGUAACGUAGCUCAAGAUAUUGGUUUGGAUGUGCAAAGGCUUCGUUCUGGCCGGGCCCGUAUCGUGACCAGACAAAGCAUCAAGUACACCGAGCUGAAAACAGACAAAGGCAUUUUAGUCGUGAACGAGAGAAUAGACCGAGAGCAGCUUUGUGGAGACGUGACACCAUGCAGCUUCAGCUUUGAGGUGAUUUUAGAAAAUCCUAUGGAAUUACACCGUGUAACAGUGGAAAUAAUUGACAUAAAUGACAAUUCUCCGACGUUCAGAAAGGAUGAUAUUAAAUUUGAAAUAAGCGAAUCUGCCACACUGGGAUCACGCUUUUUGUUACCCAGUGCCGAAGACGCAGAUGUAGGCAGUAACGGUCUCCAGAAAUACAUACUAACUACCAAUGACAUAUUUGGUUUGAAGCAGCACUCGAGUCCAGAUGGUCGAAAAUAUGCCGAGAUGAUCUUACAAAAACCAUUAGAUAGAGAAAGCGAGCCAAGAAUAUCACUGAAACUCAUCGCUGUUGACGGUGGAACUCCGCAUAGAUCUGGUACAGUAAAUAUAGAUAUUACAGUGCUUGAUGCCAAUGAUAAUCCUCCCAUUUUUAAUCAGUCUCUCUACAGGGCUACUGUCUCGGAGAAUGCAUUAAAAGGUACCUAUAUCACGACAGUGAACGCAAGUGAUGCAGACAGUGGAUCAAACGGUCUCGUCACAUAUAGAUUUUCAAAUAUGAAAGAGCAGCUGGCUGACGUAUUUCAUUUAGACGAAAUUACGGGGAUUGUAACACUCGGAGGGCAAGUAGAUUAUGAAAAAGAUAAGAAAUAUGAAAUUAUGGUUGAAGCUAUGGACCAAGGAGGUCUGAUAGAUUCAAGUAAGGUGCUAAUUGAGAUAGGAGACGUAAACGAUAAUGCACCUGUCAUAAAUGUGAUGUCAUUCUCCAGCCCCGUGCCGGAGGAUUCUGCCUCGGGUACCACAGUGGCAAUAAUUAAUGUGAUUGACGCAGACUCAGAGCGAAAUGGCCAAGUUGUUUGUACAACAGACAGUAGCCUUCCAUUUAAAACAAAAUCAACAUUAACUCAUUACUAUGCAUUAGUAACAGACUCAGCUUUUGACAGAGAAGUUGUACCGGAAUAUAACAUAACUGUAAGGGCCACCGAUUUGGGAUCACCAUCCUUGUCAAGCACAACAAUAUUACGUCUGAGAAUCUCUGAUGUGAAUGACAAUGCCCCAUUAUUUGAUCAGAUUAGCUACGUUUCUCACGUUACAGAGAACAAUUCUCCUGGAAUGUCCAUAUUGUCCGUCACAGCACGAGACAUGGACUGGAAUCAAAACGCUAGAAUAUCGUACUUUCUCGAAGAAACACAGAUCAAUGGCAGUCCAACCUCUUCUUACGUCUCCAUAAAUAGUGAAACUGGAGAUAUCCAUGCUGUGCGCUCGUUUGACUAUGAACAAAUUAAACAAAUUCAGUUGGUAGUAAAGGCGCAGGAUGGAGGCUCUCCUCCACUCAGCAGCAAUGUGACUGUGAAAAUAAUGAUCCAGGACCAGAACGACAACCCGCCUCAGGUUCUGUACCCAGUCCAGACUGGUGGCUCUCUGGUGGCUGAAAUGGUGCCUCGUUCAGCAGAUGUGGGCUAUCUGGUCACUAAAGUGGUGGCUGUUGAUGUGGACUCUGGACAGAAUGCCUGGCUCUCCUAUAAACUGCAGAAAGCCGCAGACAGGGCGCUGUUUGAAGUGGGCUUACAGAAUGGAGAAAUAAGAACUGUCCGCCAAGUCACUGAUAAAGAUGCUGUGAAACAAAGACUGACUGUUAUAGUGGAGGACAACGGGCAGCCCUCUCGUUCAGCUACAGUCAUUGUUAACGUGGCGGUGGCGGACAGCUUCCCUGAAGUGCUGUCGGAGUUCACUGACUUUACACACGACAAGGAGUACAACGACAACCUGACUUUUUACUUAGUGUUGGCUCUGGCUGUAGUUUCCUUCCUCUUCAUCACGUGUUUAGUGGUUAUUAUAUCAGUGAAAAUCUACAGAUGGAGACAGUCUCGCAUCCUGUAUCACUCCAGCCUCCCUGUGAUUCCGUAUUAUCCACCACGUUACUCGGACACUUUGGGGACA